AUGGGGCCAGAGACGAUCAGCUACGUCGUCCACACCGACUCCAUGGGCAUCAGCGAUUUGAGACUGCAAGUCAGCCAAGAAGCUUCAUCGAGCAAGCAACCGCUGCGUCCGGUCUACUUCCGCGAGAGGGUGCUUACGCAGGACAACGAGAUCGUAGACAACAUCAUCGAUGCGAAUACGGAGCGGACAUGCUGGUCGAUUCAUCGGCCGACGAGAGGAUGGUAUUUGUACCUGAGAUCGCCUGUACUGCCACAAGGUACAGCGAUCUCAAUACGGUCGGGACCGAAAGACGACACGGACCCAGCUGGAUCUCCCCUCACGUUCUCGGUCAGCACCAAAGUCCGGACGCAGGCGUUAGAGCAAGUCCGACCUCGCAUCGUGCCCAACGUAGCCAAGCCAACUCAGCAAGCUUCUCAAGCAACCUCAGAUACGAGUACGUCGGACGACGAUCCAAGCAGAGGCUCUGCAGCGCAGUUUCACGAUGCGGCAACCCAGAACGGGAUGCAAGACGUCGCAGUGGCAGUCACAGGUCGAGACAGGGGCACGACAGCUUCAGCGGGCCACGCGAGGCGGAGGAGUGGCGCCACUGGCUCCGGCACACAUGCUCACAUCAGCAAACCUUCCCUGUCGGCUGCUCCACGUAGUCCGAUGAUUCCAGAGACAGACGACGAGGACCCGCCUGAAGGACGCAAGCAAGGGUCCCUCUCACGACUCGCAAUCCCGUCCAACACGAACUCGUCCAGCUCUUCACCGCAUUCUCCAGGUGGAGAUCGACCCUACUCGCCCACUCUUCCUUCGAAUACCGCCUUCUCCACCACUCCUUCUGCAGCUUACACAUCAACCUUCCUGCUGACCAACGGUCGAGCGCCGCAACAGCCUGCAGCGACACAGAGCUGGGCACGCUGGGCGUACUGCCUCCUCCCCUCCGAGCUGCGGCCCUCGCUGUCGCUGGAUACGGACAAAAGCUUCAGCCUGUUCUGGCUCCAUCCUCCGUCUGUCAACGCUGAGGCUAGGGAGGACGUCGAAGUGGUUCGAUUUGAAGAUCAGAGCGGGCGGUGGAUGUGGAACUCUCACACGCGGGGGAAGCUGAUGCUGCAAACCAGCGCCAUGCAGGCGGUUGGGCUGCAAAAGGAGUUCUGGAUCAGCGUCGCCUUGGCCUACAUCCAGUUCUUGGAGGAUAAAGACGCAUAUGAUGCCGCCAGAGACGCAUAG